CAAACCAGCAACGGUAUCAAUCAUUGCUGGAAGACUAACCCCUUUUUUCUAAAUAAAAUUUACAGGAACUCCCAAUUCACACCAAUCACACGACGAAGAUGCCUCAGAUUAUUGGCAAGGAAGUAGGCCCUAUCGGCUUUGGCCUUAUGGGAUUUACCUGGAGGGCAAACCCGUGCUCGCAGGGCCAGGCCUUUGAAGCCAUGCGCGCUGCGCUCAAAAAUGGAAUGAACUUCUGGAACGGAGGCGAAAUGUACGGAACACCGGAGUACAACAGCCUAGUACUUCUAGAGAAAUACUUGGAGAAGUAUCCCGAGGACGCCGAUAAGUUCGUCCUUUCCAUCAAAGGUGGUGCUACCAAAGACGGAGGGGCGCUAGACGGUUCUCCUGAGAACACCCGUCGUAGUCUUGACGAUUCCAUUGCACAGCUCAAGGGCCGCAAGAAGAUCGACAUGUUCGAAUUCGCGCGCAGGGACCCAAAGUGGCCUCUGGAAACUACCUUCGGCAUUAUCCAAAAGGAGUAUGUUGAGACAGGGAAGAUUGGCGGCAUCUCGUUGUCGGAGGUACGAGCUGAGACGAUCCACGAAGCCGUCAAAAUCGUCAAGGUUGUCGCCGUAGAGGCCGAGCUCUCGCUAUUCUCCACCGAAAUCCUCGAAAAUGGCGUUGUGGCUGCAUGUGCGCAAUACGAUAUCCCGAUCGUCGCCUACUCGCCAAUUGGAAGAGGUAUGUUGACCGGCCAGAUAAAGAAGCACUCCGACAUUCCGAAGGACUCGAUGCUUCAAUACUUCCCUCGAUUCUCGCCCGAGAACUUCGACAUCAACCUGCAGCUCGUCAAGCAGGUCGAGGAGUUAGCCAAGAAGAAGGGUGUUACACCAGGCCAGCUUGCUAUCAACUGGACAAGGAUGGUAGCGAAACGUCCUGGCAUGCCCACGAUCAUCCCAAUCCCAGGUGCGACGACGGCGGCGCGAGUGGAAGAGAAUAGCAAGUUGAUUGACCUUACGGACGAGGAGAUGGCGCAGAUCGACGCUACUUUGGCUAAAUUUACCACUGCUGGCGAGCGCUACCCUCCGACCGUUUCAAUGAACUCUUGAGCGAGGGGAGUACUGUCAUGGACCAUGGUCAUGUAUAGAAGAUACUGUGAAGAAAAACGCCGUACACUAGAUUAGAUUAGGUUACUGUCGUAAAGCUUUCCUAAUAAAUACAAUUGCUACGGAGAUAUCGGUGUUGUCGGAUAUAUCGUUGUAA